UUGAUCGAUUCCAUGGAAGUUUUCACGAGAAAAUAACAGGGAAAAAGGCCCUAGAAAUUUGCACAUUUCUUUAUCCGUUACACCACCUUUCUUUCCAUCUAGAAGGCCGUCUUCGUCAGGCAAGUGACCUGCCACUUCUCUCUCUGUUUGUCCUUCUGUCAGACGCACAUCAAAUCCCCCAAAUUUUGGUCUCCGACAUGAUCUUGGACGCAAAUUGUAUAUCUAUCCUAUAAAAACGCAGAUGCAGACACCCAUCGGCUCCAAAAUCAGCGCCAACUCAUCUACCUAAAAAAAAAAUCAGCACCAACGUUCCUAAUUCCCCUCUUUUCUCGCCUCAUUUCUCUUCCCUCUGAUCUGAAAAUGGCCAUAACAGAUCAAGAUCCCACUUCUCAUGGAGAUGAUCCUGAUCGUGGUCUUCUGCAAGACCCAGAUGAUGCAGAGCUCGAGACAGUCUCCCUCUGCGAUCUCCCACUGUACAGCAACGAAUACGAAUGCGAACGCCACCAGUUCAGCUCGUCCCCGAACAUCGAUCAUGGGGAUCCCUUCGAGUUCUCCAGUGAUGACCUGUCUGCCUCCGGGAGCAAAAUGUGCACGGCAGAUAACAUAAUCUUCUGUGGCAGGCUUAUCCCCUACGGGUGGGAACCGCCCUCUGCGAGUGAAGUAGCCCCCGAAGCAUGGGGCAAGGUCGGCGGCACCCACCAGCCCAAGAAGAAGAAAUGGAAGUUCUUCAAGUGGAGGCUGCUGUUCAGAAAACACAGGCAUCGCUAUUCUAAAUCCCACGAUGAGAAGUUCAGUGACAGGAGUGGUUCCAAGAAGGAGCAUCGACCGGCACGCUUGCCCCUGGAAAAAUACAGAUACGUUCCUGAGAAGUGCAUGGACAAAUACGGUUUCUCGAUGAGGAGACUACCAACGCAGACGGGUCGGGUCAAGUGCAGAUGGUACCUGCUCAUGUUCCGCUCAGCGCGGUUGCCCAUCGGGAUGGAGUUACAUGACAUGAAGACAAGACAGAGCCGCAUGAAUCUUUCUUCGUCAUUCCGAUCACUAGACAGCGAUGGCGGCAUCGGCAGUGGAAGAGACUCUGACGGGAAAGGAAACCAGAACUGGGGCCUGUGGCGGUUGCUGAGGGCCUUGAGUUGCAGUAGCAGUCUGCAAUGUGAGAGUGCUACCAUUACGAAAAGAUCAUAGGCUUCAUGUCUUGGCUUCGGGAGAUGAUUGAUAUCGUAUCGUUCCUGAGCGAACGAAUAUGGAGAUGAAUUUUAGCACAGCGACACAGUAUGGGGAGUCAUCCUUAUGGACGACUCGAGAGAUCUUAUCGCAUAGAAAUUUAUAGAGUAGUCCGAUGUCUCAGCUCAUGCAGGGAGACCUUUAGCAAGGCUGCUUGAGAUGUACAGUUAAAAAAAUUUUGCAGCAAUAGUUAGGCAGAAAUAAACUUGAACUAUAUUCCGUUCCGCCGGGAUUAAUACGAGUUCAACCGUCUAUUUCUGAACCU